AUGGAGGGUGCAGAUGGGGAGCAAGAACCCUCACCUGCCGCUCAAGGCGUCAAUGGAGCUGCAGAGCCUGAGGAGACCAAAGCUAAGCCUUCCAGGGCGCUGAAGACUCCUCUUCAGAAGGAAGCGCUUGAAGCUGCCUACAGCAUCAACCCUCUUCCCUCAGAUGAGGUCCGCAAAGCCCUUGGCGAGAGGAUCGGCCUCACUGCGCAUCAAGUGCAGAUCUGGUUCUCCCAUCGGAGGCGCAAGGACAAGACCGCAGCCCAGGCGGCGCAAGCCAGCGCAGCAGCCGCAGUGCCCCAGGCAGCGGCAGCACCCAACCCAUCAUCAACACCCGCCGCUCUCCCCAAGCCGUCCGUGCCCCCACAUGCAUCAUCGCCGGUGCAGCAGCCUGCGCAGACACCGCUGGGCCAGCAGCUGGCAGCGGCGGAGCCAGUUGUGGCGUCCGAGGAGGAGUUACAGGAGCUUCUUUCGCUGGCGCGCGAGAGGCUGCCUCAGCCGUACAGGGAGGAGGGUCCCCCACUGGGGAUGUUCUUCGACCCUGUCCCAGCAGCGGAGGAUCCCGGCAGCCUUCCAGCGGAGAUUGCUGGAGAGAAGCGCAAGCGCGUCAUGAUUGAUGACUACGAGAUGGAGGGCGGCGAAGGAGGCGAUCUCAACGUGACUCGCAUGAUUGGAGACGGGUACGGAGGCGGCUGGCGCAAUGACAGGUGGGGCCAGGACCGGGGGCGGCAGGACGAUCGGCUCAUGCGGGAGAGGGACAAGGAGAUGGACAAGCUGACGCGGGAGCAGCGGCGGCUGGCGGACCGCGAGGAGAGGGAGCGCCGCAAGGCGGACGACCUGAAGGCCAGAGAGGACGCGCGGCUGCGGCUGAUGCAGGAGCGCGAAGCCAAGCGCAUGCGCGACGUCGUCGAGAAGGAACGCCGCGCCGCCGAGCGCAAGGAGAACGUCGAGCGUCGCAGACGGGGGGGAGGCGCCCGGCCAGCAGCCGCCAGCCGUCGCGCUUCCGGCCCUUCUGCCAGCUUGGCAGAGUUCCGCGACCUGCAGUUUGCAUUUGCUUCGCCCUUCAGCAUUUUGCUGGCCAUGAGGCACGAGGCUCAGGAGGAUGAACAGCGGAUGCACUUGCUGGAUGACAAUACAGGGGAGAAGGAAAUGCUCAAGGCGCUGGCCCAGCAAGAGAAGCAGGCGACCAGGCUCCGCCAACGGGAAGCGAACGCCGGCCCCAGAGACGACCUGGACAUUGAGUGGGAAUCCCUCUUGGCCUCGCAACGCCAGCAUCUGCCACUUCCACGGGAGGGAGAGGCGCCCCCAGAGCUGCCGCUGCCGGAGAGGCCGCCAUUUCCGCCGUCAGCGCUGCAGCUUCCAGCAGCGUUCCCUGCUGAGCUGGGGGACACACUGGGCAGCGAGCUGCUAAUGGUGUGGGCCUUCCUGCACUCCUUUGGGGAGCUGCUGGGCCUGUGGCCCGCCACCGUGGACGAGCUGCUGGCCGCUGUGGUUCUGGGCGAGCGCAGCCGCCUGCUGGGCGAGAUCCACGUGGGCCUGCUGCGCCUGCUGCAGGCCGAUAUGGAGGAGGCCCACGCAAGCGGGGCCACCCAGGGUGGUGGACCGUCCAGCGGCCUAGACCGGGCAGUGGCAAUGAGCGCUGGCUGGCUGGAGGAGGCCUGGGCCUGGGGCUUUGAUGUGGACAUCUGGAGGGCCCACCUCAACGCGCUGACCUGGCCGGAGGUGCUGCGGGAGUUUGCCAUAGCGGCUGGCCUGGGCCGCAAGCGCCCCAAGCCAAGGAAGGAAGCGCGGCCCAAGAUGGGCACGGAGGGCGAGGACGUUGUUGCCGACGAGGCCGGCAAUCUCAAGCUGCGUCUGCCACCCCGCUAUGCAGUCGGCACUGUCAAGGCGGCUGCCUGGCAGGUGUUGGCUGAGGCUGGCCCGGACGGGCUGGGCAUCACAGAGAUUGCCAAGCGCAUUCAGAAGCAGGGCCUGCGAGACCUGAGGACGUCCAGAACGCCCGAGGCUUCUGUGGCGGCUGCCCUGUCACGUGAUGUGGUGUUUGGACGGACUGCUCCGGCCACCUAUGGCUUAAACUCCCUUGUCAACAACAUGAAGCUUGCGGGGUUGCCAGCACCAGCAGCAUCCGCAGACACAGAGAAGAAGGAGGCCGCAUCAGAUGCGGCAGGCGAGGUCAAGGCAGAAGUGAAGGAGGAACCUCAAGGCACUGACAAAGCUGCAGGCGCCUCCGCCGACGCCAUUGCCAAGCAGGAGGGGGAUGCGAAUGCGCAUGGCCACGAGAGCGACGAUGACUCCGACUCAGAAGAUGAAGAGCCCGAGGAGGAUGUGGUGCAGGGGGAGCCCUGGGUGACAGCGCUGGAGACGUGCGAGUAUGGGGAGCUGAGCAUGGAGAUGCGCAUGGCGGCAAUAGUGGCGCUGAUGCACCUGGCGCUGGAUGGCCCUUCUGUGCGCACCUGCCUCGAUGGCCGCCUGGAGGAGGCGCAGCGCGCUGAGAAGAGGCAGAGGCAGAUUGAGGCGGCGGAGCGUGCGAAGCGCGCGGCGGCCGAGGCGCAGCGCAACCUGGAGCUUUUCAGGCAGCAAAAUGGCAUGGGGCCCGGGCCCUCCUCUACCCCAGACGCCGAACCCAACCCCAGCGGUGCUGCCAGCGCCACCAAUGCACAGGGAGGGGCUGGCGGCCAGAGUGCCGCACGAGUGGAGAGCAGCGUGGAGCCCACUGGCCCCAGCAUCAUGGAGGAUGAAGUCUCUGCGGCCAACGCAGCCAAGCAGCGGCAGCAGCAGCGCGCAGAGACCAUCAGGAGAGCCGAGGAGUCGAAUGCAGUUCGGACAGAGCCGCUGGGGCAGGACAGGCGGUAUAACAGGUACUGGCGCCUAGCGGCCGGCAGCGAAGCCGGAUCAGGCCGCAUCUUUGUGGAGUUACAGGACACGCAGACCUACAGGAUACUGGGGCAGCCUGACACAUUGGAGACGCUGAUGGGGGCGCUGGAGAAGAGGGGCGCGCGCGAAGGCGCCCUCUACAACUCCCUGCUCCGCCACAAGGACUCCAUCCUCCAGGGCAUGCCUGCAGAGCCCCUCAAGAUGCCGGCGCUGUCUGAGGCUGAGGGCGCGCAAGUGGAGUCAGAACAUCGUGCGUGGGUGUACAGCCUGCCAACGCAGGCGCACGUGCGCGCCUCCGACCCGGCGAUUGCGGCUUCUCUGGCGGCCGAGGAGGCGGCCGCGCUCGCGGAGCAGUCUCAGCCGCGCCUGGCCAAGCUCAAGUGCGAUCUGCUCCGCGUGCAGGCCGCGCUGCCGCCGCCCGCCAUGGCCGAAUCCUGGGACGCUGAUGCCUGGCGCCAGCGUGUGCGAACAGCUUCAACUGUGGUGGAGCUGCGGACGGCGCUUGGGCAGCUGGAGGCGAGCCUGCAUGACGAGUAUGUGUCGACGCAGUUCAAGCGCAAGCCUGCUCCCGUCAAGGGCGCCUGCCUCAGCACAGGCAAGGCGGCAGGGCACAAGCAGCAGGCGGCAGAGGGCGCCGAAGGCACGGAGGCCCAGCCGGCUGCAGCGGAUGUGCAGCUGCUGGAAUGGCUGCCGCCCACAGUCGCAGCUGUCAGCCUGCGACUGGGCGCCCUGGAUGCCGCGCUCAUCUACAGCCCCGGCAUGCCUCCCGCCAGGGACAAUCUUCAGGCAUACAAGUACAUCCAGCGGCCUGCGCUGCCGGUGGAGCUGACAGAGGGCGGCAUGGAGGCCCAGGCCAAGGGCAGCCGCGUGGUCUCAGGGCAGCCCAUCGGCAUUGGAGGCCGCUCGCGCCCCUCCCACUUCCCUCCCUUCCCCCAGGCUGUGCUGCAGGGCCCGCCGCAGCCAUUCCAGCUGCCGAUCGAGGAGCUGCGCGCGGCGGUGGCGGCCGGCGAGAAGGAGGGAGCGGCGGAGGCCCAGGGAUCCGAGCCCGCCUCUGCCAGCCCCAGCCUCGCCCGCUCCACUCCCCCCGUCAGCAGGGCCAAGGGCAGAACGAGCGCGAAGGCGGCGCCACGUGGCAAGAGCAACCUGCGGCGGCAGCUGGACGCGAUGGAGACGGACGACGACGCUGACGAGGACGAGGGUGACAGCGCCGAUGACAUGGACAUCGAUGCGCGCUACCCCGUCAGCUCCCGAGCCACGCCCGCCUUCUCUGAAGAGGGUCAGGAUGACGAGGAGCAAGAGAGCGAUGAUGACCAGCCUGGUGGUGAAGAGGACCUUGAGAUCAGUGACUAGCGAAUAAAAGUGUUUCUCUUCAGGCUCUAUUCUCUUGAGGCAGCUUUCCUCCCUUUCUGCCUAUGCCGUUAUUACUCGAUCUUACUCGUCUUGUUUGUGUUGCCACCUGUUGCAAAUUAUAUGAGCCGUCCAGGAAGCUGUAACGGGAUGGUGAGCUA